CCAAUUUCAACCAUGGGAACGACUUCGUUCCCAAAACCUAAAACAAACCACCGUCCCAAUUCCAACCAACCACUGAUUCCGACGCGGCACCUUCUAAGAGAAAACACAAAAAGUGUUGGAGAAAACAACGAAGCCCAAUUUGAUGAAAUAGACCGAGGCAGAGGAGGUUUCCCAAGCCUAUAUCAACACCUUUGAGGACCUUCAGAUCGGUCGUAACCAAACAUCCUCGGGAUUUUGGGCCUGAGUUCGGGCACAAUUUUUCAAGCAAUAGCAGGACCUACAAGCAAAUGUGUCUAUGUUCUCUAGCAUUUAGAACGAGCAAAAUAGGUGCUGGAGGAGUGUUCAGCGACGCAAUAGUUAUGAACGAUGCCUUGAUACAAUACACUUGUGAGCGGGGAACGUUCAAGGCGUGGGAACUCAUGCGUCAAUCCACGAAGUGGCAUACCAUCCCGAGGCUUCAAGUCUCAAAACAGUCUAAGAUGGAUUCAUCAAUUGAUGUUGGUUCGGGACAUGUGGUGUCAUCGUGACGGGCAAAAAAACACCGUGGGUAAUGCCCCAUAACACAUGGUCUUACUCGCCAUUUUUCUUUCGUUCAAGAAAAAUGGAUCUACAGACAUUCGAAGCCCUUUGAUUUUGAAAGAAUUGGAAGAGAGAUGGAGUUGAGUAUGGUGGUUUUAAUUCAUUUUCAUUUUUGGUUUUAGCUAAUAGAAGAAGCUUAAAUUUCGACUUCAUUAGGGUUCUUGUUGUUGAGUAUGGUGGCAUAAAUGGAGUGUACCAUA